GAAUACGACUGAGCGUUCGGCGUUGAGGAAAGUUUUUUCACCAACGUUAGCUAGCCUGACGUAACGCAACUUUAAUUUCCUUACUCUUGAAACAAGAGCAACCGAAGUACAGGUUAAAGUGAAUCCCUCAGCCUAGUUUAAUGGGAAAUAAUUAGUGUGUUAUCGCUAUUUAACUUACAACUAAAAGGGUCGUGUCGUGGUUCAUCGGCAGCUAAUACGAUGAUUGAAAAGCUCAGUUUGGCUUGUGAUAGACUCCUGUCACACCGGCAGCUCGCAUGUUGUCACUCUUUUUGUGGCAUACCACUGCAUGGGAAGGAAAUGAUGAUUUACAGUACUGUAGACACUGAGCAGAAGCCCCUGCUGCUGACUGGCCACCAUGGUGAGAUCAGCGCCAUGACUUUUGGGAAAGGAAGCAACCCUGUUGUCCUCUGCUCUGCCUCUGCUGAUUAUAUCAUUGUCUGGGAUAUUGAAAUGUGCCAAAAGAGAACAAAUGAGGGUAAAGUUGCAGCUGGAACAGUUAUCGGGACUUUACUGGGUGAAGUCGUCCAUCUUUCAUUCUGUUUCUCUGAUGAACGAGUGACUGCAUGCUCUGGAGCUACUGUAUAUAUUCUCAGCUCAAAGAGAGAGGAAGUUAUUUGUACCUUGACUGGCCACCUGGGACCUACAACAUCAGCAGAGUUUUGUCCCUGGACUAAAGACAUUCUUGUCACCACAUCAGAGGACCGUACCUUUAAGGUGUGGGAUUUAAAAACUGGAGCUGUGUUCUACCAGUCUUUUGUGCUUUCAGCAUCUCCACUACUCGGUGCAUUCUUCUUGGAGGAGAACAGGCACCUUAUCACCGGCUCAACUGAUGGACAGGUGUGGUGCUUUUCUCUCCAUGAUGACCACAAGUGUCACCUGGUGACAAAAAUGGACCUUCAGAAGAUGGAAAAAAGAUAUCAAAUGCACCAAGAGACUGUGAGCCAUCAAGCAGGGGUUGCAGAUCAGUCAGCUGCAGAUAAAGUGGAGACUGCAAAACCUGUCCUUAAAAUGGCUUUAUGUACACAAUUUACUGACACUAAUGAUGAGCAGAAAAAGGACAACAGCUGGUUAUGUAUUGGAAGCUCUGAUGGCCUGUAUGUGGUGGAUCUGGCUACCUCAGAACUCCUAACAGCACUAUAUUUCAAAGAUCACCCCAACCUGAGCAUCACAAUGGCUGGAUCAUGGUCAGUCUCUCUAGGACGGGAUAACUCUAUGGUAUUUUUAGUGACAUCUUUGUUUACUCCAUGUGUGGUGCUGUUGGAGUUGAAGCUUUGUGACUUGGGGAGGAUCUGGGCCUGUGGUGAAGGCUUGUCAGUGUUCCCAAGUUCUCCUCCACUGCUCGAAUCUCCUCUGAAUGCUGAAUUAAAGAAGAAGGAACCCAGUCAUCCUAAAAAGAAAGGAGGAGCAAAGGAGCAGCCUCUGGUUUUCCACUCUAAAGUGAAGUCAUCUGGAUACACCAGUGCCCCACGAAGGAUUAUGUUUUCACCUAAAACAAAUGUUCAGAAGAAUUCUUCCUCUAAAAAGGCCAAUAAAAACAUAGGUUUACUCCUCAGAGAUUAUCCAACAGACAGCGCAGCACCCACUAUUCCACACAUUCAUCACAGUGUUGCUAACAAACCAGUCAACUGCCUCCAGUAUUCAGGUGAUGGAAAACAAAUCUUGUGUGGUCUUGGCGACAGCUCAGUGUUAUUGUACAAGUCCUCCCUUACUGGCAAUCCAGCUGUCUACACAGGGCAUGACAGACCAGUGAGCAGUGUGAGCUGGAGCCUCAACAGACAGUGGUGGUUGAGUGCAUCAGAAGACCAGUCACUACGAAUCUGGGCCCAUGGCAGCACAGAGCCUGCCAUUAUUGUGGGUGACAGCUUGUUCUCCAAACCCAUAAGAGGUGCUCAGUUUUACUACCUUGAUAAGUUUCUGCUUUUUGCUUCUGGACCCUCUUUAUACCUGUACCUGUAUAAUGUGGACAUCACACGCGAUGACAUCAAGAGAUAUCAGCAACGGAGUGUCGUCAAAAGGUGCUUUACAACAACAUCACCAACAGACAUCACUGCCUUGUCUGCAGUCAAUGAUUUCUUCUCUUACAUUGUCCUGCUGUGUGGUUCAGAUCGAUCCAUUCAAGUAUUUGACAUGAACAAGAGUACAAAUGCCUCAGAGCUGCAUGAUGCCCAUAGCAGAGCCGUCCACUGCAUUACUCUGAACAAGGGCUCCAUGUUCAGCACACAGGCACCAGAUUCAUAUAACCUCUUCCUCACAAGUGCAGUGACAGAUGGCGUGAAGAUUUGGGACCUCCGUACACUUAGGUGUGUGCGGCGGUAUGAGAACCAUCAAAAUCGCUGUCAUCCAUGCUCUUCAGCCAUCUCACCAUGCGGCCGGUUCAUUGCUUCAGGCUCAGAGGAUAACUGUGCCUAUGUGUAUGACAUCCGUAGCAGCAGCUACCUCCACAAACUCCAGAAACACUCGGACACUGUGCUCAGUGUGACGUUCAACCCUGCCACACCAGAGCUGCUGACUGGGACCCUGGAUGGGAAGCUGAGACUCUUUCAGUCCAGCAGUGGGGCCUGUCUGUCUCCUGAUACUGGUGCUGCUGUGCAUGGCAUCCCCAACAUGACUGGGCUUCAUGCACGAGCCCCAGAGAGCGGCAGAGCAGGUGUCUCCAGAAAAAACCUCCCAGUUGUUCGCCCACAGUCGGAUGUGUCGGUGGGGCCCACAGUUACUUAGUCUGACGGACGAGGCUGCACAGCUGAGCCGAGUCCCGGGAGAAACAACCACUGCAUACAUCAGGAUCUCAUUAGCAGCUUAUUGCACAUAUACACUGUGUCAAAUAAAGUUUAGGCCUCUGGCUAUGUUGU